AUGGUGCCCCGGAAACCUCCCGAAGAGGAUGAAGGGGAAGACGACGCUUAUGAACUGCUGGAUUUGACGGAGUGUGUGCCAAGGCGCAGCUGGUGGAAUCGAGUGUUUGGCCACCGUUCAGGACCAAUGGUAGACAAAUACUCGGUGGCCACUAGGAUUGUCCUGGGUGGUGUGACGGGCUGGUGUGCAGGAUUUUUAUUCCAGAAGGUUGGAAAGCUUGCAGCCACCGCAGUGGGUGGUGGCUUUCUUCUCCUUCAGAUCGCCAGCCACAGUGGCUAUGUGCAGAUCGACUGGAACAGAGUUGCCAAGGAUGUCCACAAGGCGAGAAGGCAGAUUAAGAAGCGAGCAAAUAAGGCAGCACCGGAAGUCAACAAUAUAAUUGGAGAAGCAACAGAGUUCCUUAAACAGAAUAUGGUGGUGUCCACUGGAUUUGUGGGAGGAUUUUUUAUAGGCCUUGCGUCAUGA